AUGGAGAUUGGGUUCCAGAUCGCAUGCAUCCACAGCAGUCAGCUGGUACUCUCCUCCUCUUCAUCAUCAGCUCCUCCUCUUCAUCAGCAACCUUUCCUUUCCCUCAGCAGGUCUGCCUCUUCAUCAGCAUCUCUUCCUCUUCAUCACCAGCCCCUUCCUAUUCGUCAGAAGCCCAUCCCCUUCAUCACUAGCCGUCCUCUUCAUCAGCAGCACAUCCUCUUCAUCACCAGCCCCUCCUCUUCAUCACCAGCCCCUCCUCUUUAUCACCAGCCCUUCCUCUUCAUAAGCAGCAUCUCCUUUUCAUCAGCACAGUCUCCUCUUCAUCAUCAGCUUCUCCCCUUUAGUCCUUCGUCAGCAGCCCCUCCUCUUAUUCAGCAGCCGCUCCUUUUCAUCAGCAGCUCCUCCUCUUCAUCAGCCUUCAUUAGCUGCCCCUCCUCUUUAUCCUUUCGUGACCAUCUACUCUUCUUCAUCAGCAGCCCCUCUUUAUCAGCAACCUCUCCUCUUCAUCAGCAGACCCUCCUCUUCAUCACCAGCCCCUCCUCUUCAUCAGCAGCCCCUCCUCUACAUCCCCAGCUCCUCCCCUUUAGGUCUUCAUCAGCAGCCCCUUGUCUUCAUCACCAACCCCUCUUCUUCAUCAGCAGCGUCUCCUUUUCAUCAGCACAGUCUCCUCUUCAUACCUUUAUCAUCAGCACCUCCUCUUCAUCAGCAGCCCUUCCUCUUUAUCCUUUUGUCACCAACCCCUCCUCAUCAUCAACUCCUCCCGUUUAUGCCUUCAUCAGCAGCCCCUCCUCUUCAUCAGCAACCCCUCCUUUCAUCAGCCUUCAUCAGCUGCCCCUCCUCUUUAUCCUUUACUCCUCCUCUUCAUCAUCAGCACCUCCUCUUCUUCACCAGCCUCUCUUCAUCAACAGCCCCUCCCCUACAUCACCAUCCCUACCUUUUGAUCACCAGCCCUUUCUCUUCAUCAGCUCCUGCUCCUUAUUAUCAACCCCUCCUCUUCAUCAGCAGCCCCUCCUCUUCACCAGCAUCCUCUCCUCUUUAUCACCAGCUCCUCUCUUUCAUUACCAGCCCCGCUCCUUCAUCAACAGCCCCUCCCCUUCAUCACCUUCCCUACCUUUUCACCACCAGCCCCUUCUCUUUAUCAGCUCCUCCUCUUCAUCAUCAGCACCUCCUCUUCUUCACCAGCCUCUCUUCAUCAACAGCCCCUCCCCUACAUCACCAUCCCUACCUUUUCAUCACCAGCCCUUUCUCCUCAUCAGCUCCUCCUUAUUAUCAGCUCCUCCUCUUCAUCACCAUUCCUUCCUCUUCAUCACAAGCCCCUCCUCUUCAUCAGCUCCUCCUCUUCAUCAGCAACCUCUCCUCUUUAUCAGCAAACUCCUCUUCAUCACUAACCGCCUCUUCAUCAACAGCCCCUCCCCUUCAUCACCAUCCCUACCUUUUCAUCACCAGAUCCUUCUGUUCAUCAGCUCCUCCUCUUCAUCAUCAGCUUCUCACCUUCAUCAGCAGCUCCGUCUCUUCAUCAACAACCUUUCAUUUUCAUCAGCAGCCCCUCCCCUUCAUCACCAUCUCCUCCUCUUUGUCAGAAGCCCUUCCCCUUCAUCACCAGCCGUCCUCUUCAUCAGCAGCACAUCCCCUUCAUCACCAGCCCCUCCCCUUCAUCACAAGCCCCCCUCUUCAUCAGCAGCAUCUCCUUAUCAUCAGCAGCCCCUCAUCUUUAUCAUCAGCUCCUCCCCUUUAAGCCUUUGUCAGCAGCCCCUCCUCUUCAUCUGCAGCCGCUCCUCUUCAUCAGCAGCCCCUCCUCUACAUCAGCCUUCAACAGCUGCCCCUUUUUAUCCUUUCAUCACCAUCCCCUCUUCAUCAUCAUCAGCAUCUCUUAAUCAGCAGCCCCUCCCCUUCAUCACCAACCCCUCCUCUUCAUUAGCAUUCCCUCCUCUUUAUAAGCAGCGUCUCCUAUUCAUCACUUCUGAGAAUCUCUAA